GCCGGCCCGCCCGCGCCAUGAAGGUGCUCCGGCGCGCUUGGCGGCGCCGGGCGGUGCUGGGCCUAGGCUGCCUGGCGUUUUGCAGCACCGCUCUGCUGUACUUGGCGCGCUGCGCUGCCGAGGGCGACGCGCCCGCCGCUGCCGCCGGCGCCGCUCGGCCCCGCGCUGAGGCCUUCCUGGCGGUGCUCGUGGCCAGCGCGCCCCGCGCGAUCGAGCGCCGCAGCGCGGUGCGCAACACGUGGCUGUCCCAGGCGAGGCGCGGCGGCCCCGUGGACGUGUGGGCGCGCUUCGCCGUGGGCACCGGCGGCCUGGGCUCGGAGGAGCGGCGCGCUCUGGAGCUGGAGCAAGCACAGCACGGGGACCUGCUGCUGCUGCCCGGCUUGCGCGACGCCUACGAGAACCUCACGGCCAAGGUGCUGGCCAUGCUGACCUGGCUGGAUGAGCACGUGGACUUCGAGUUCGUGCUCAAGGCGGACGAUGACUCCUUUGCGCGCCUGGACGCUCUGCUGGUGGAGCUACGCGCACGCGAGCCUGCCCGCCGCCGGCGCCUCUACUGGGGCUUCUUUUCUGGGCGCGGGCGCGUCAAGCCCGGAGGUCGCUGGCGAGAAGCUGCCUGGCAACUCUGCGACUACUACCUGCCCUACGCUCUGGGCGGUGGGUACGUCCUCUCUGCGGACCUGGUGCAUUACCUGCGCCUCAACCGCGAGUACCUGCGCUUGUGGCACAGUGAAGACGUAUCGCUGGGCGCCUGGCUGGCACCGGUGGAUGUGCAGCGGGAGCAUGACCCACGCUUCGACACGGAAUACAAAUCUCGAGGCUGCAGCAAUCAGUACCUGGUGACACACAAACAGAGCCCGGAGGACAUGCUGGAGAAGCAACAGAUGUUGCUGCACAGGGGCCAGUUGUGCAAGCAGGAGGUGCAGUCGCGCCUCUCCUAUGUCUACGACUGGUCAGCGCCACCCUCCCAGUGCUGCCAGCGCAAGGAGGGCAUUCCCUGAUGUCAUUGCAGAUGCCGUGGCCUCUCCCGAAACAGGCCACGCUGCCUGGACAAUCUGGCCAAUUAUCUGGGGUGAGCCUGGCUUAUCCAAUUAGCGUUGAGGCCAGAGACAGCUAGCUAUCCGCCACGUGUGCCCGUCAUUCUUGGUCUUGUGUAAGGCCUGUGUAAGGGCAUCUGGUUAUGGGUUUGGAGAUUGCAUCUGCACCACACACACACACUCCCUGGCCCGUGUAAUGCCACCUAUGAGCUAUUUGGAGUGUGAGGGCAGGGCCGUUCUCUUGAUGAGCUUGUAGUGCCCUCAUUCUGCCCCUACUGGGCUCUACAGCUCACUGCCCAUCUUGAAUGUUCACAGACCAACCUGCAGACUGUUGGGCUCAUUUGUAUAUUACCAUCAAAAUGCCAUUUGCCAAAAUUGUCACUGUAUUUGGACAAAGUUCCAUUCUGUCGUGUCUCCUGUUUUUACCCUUUGUCAUAUACAAGUCUGAGACUUGAUUUUCCAAGUCAACUAGCUUAGAAGUAGUAUUUUUGUCUCUGUGGAUAGAAUUUAGUAAGUAUAAUUCUGUUUGCUUGGAACUUAUUUAUAAAUAUUGCAAGCUUGUGUAGAGCAGGAAAAUCUCUGGGUUCGAGGCCAGCCUGGUCUACAUAGUGAGUCCAGGACAGCCAGGGCUACACAGAGAAACCAUGUCUCAAAAAAAAGAGUGCAAGUCUUAAAUUAUUACUUCUUAGCUAUUUAAGAAAAAUAUUUGUGUCAGAACUUGUAACUGUGGAUUAAUCUGUCAACAGGCUGAGUGGCCAACCCCACUGCUGGGUGUGUUUAAAACAUAGAAUGUUUAAACUGUCCAUUUCUCUUUCAGGUUUACACAUAAGUCAGUCCCCUUCCUUUUGUUUUCUGAACAGACGUAAAAGCUUUCGGAGGUCAUGAGCCUAUGGACUGUAAGGCACUUUGUCCACACAAAGUUUCUCUUUCAAAAUGGUUUAUUCACACAAACAUUCCUUACAGUAUCAUGCUAAUAUAAAAGUUAAACAGAUGUCUCACCAAGCGGGGAACAGUUUUUUGGGGGCAGCGGUGCUGCUGCUGGGUUCCACUGGGUAAUCUCCAGUGAAUACAUUUCAAGCUUGCAGGUUCAGCCACUGUUCACUGUGAAGUCCUUCAACUGUGGGAGACUGGAUGG